UGCCAGACUCAGCUGAAGAUGAGCAAAUACUAUAGUGAGGGUUCCAGCAGAGGAAUCAAAAAAUCCAGCUCUUAACGAUGUGCAGCACUUGGGCCGGGCUGACAUCCCAGGAAUCAUUCCCUGGUACCGUGGAGCUGGAGCAGUGUUGGACAGUCAGUUUAUCUUUCAUAAUUUUCUUUUUUGAUAAGCUCUCUUCAGUUAAAGCACUUACCCUGGGAGGUCAGAGUUUGAAUGUUACAGCUAUGAAUUUUUUUAUAAAUGUACAUAAAUUCUUCAGGUGCUUCAACUAGUUUUCAGGAAGGCUGGCAGCAGUUUAAUUUGCUAUGGCUACAGCAAGUUUAAUUUUUUAAUUUUAUUUUAUUUUUUUUUUUAGUAUGCUGCACUGGUUUUAGUUCUGUUUAAGUUACUGCAACUGGUGUUCAGAUUGUAGCCUAUUUUUGAAGCUGGAGGGGGCAAUUUUGUUAAUCCCAGUAUUUUUAAUGCCAUUGUGUAAUAUUUGCAGCCACCUGUAGAUGGUGAUGCAUUCCAUGCCUGGGCUGCAUCCCCUUUCCCAUCCACUGGUACCAGGGAAUUUCCAGGCUGGAUGAAUUGCAUUUAUUAUCCCCCUUAUUUUUAUUUUUCUGAGCAUGUGGGAUACCCUUGAAAUCCUUUCCAUUUCCAAAGCAUCCUGGCCUUGUCUCAGUUAGGAUAAGUUGUGGGUGACCUUGUCCUGCUGCUCAGUAAUUGUGGAGGCCUCAGUUUCUUACAGUAAGCCAGCAGUGGGUACAGCUUAAGAUAAAAUGCAAGUUUUAUGGGGUUUAUCCACUUUUUGUCUUCCUCCCACAGCCAAGUGUGUGUGUGUACGCAUUUUCCAAAUGAAAGCCAGGGAUUGCAUGGGAUUCCAGGAUCCCCUGCCAGAGCACAGUCAGCCCUAAGGAAGCAGUUCUGCUUCCCUGUACAGGAAGGGGUUUACCAAUGGUUGGAGAAGAUGGCAGGAGGAAGCUGGAUGUUGGUGAUGAGCUUGGUGGUGGCCGUGAGUUGUACCUGUCCCAGAGCUCUGAUCUAAUUCCUGAACAGAACUUGGAGCCCAGCAGGAACAAACACAGCCCAGUGUAGCUCCUUGUGCUGCCAGGCUGACUCACCCUCUGCCUCCUGCUCCCUCGUUUAUGCCCGUUAUUUUGGUAUCCCCUUGGAAAUGGCUCUAAUGAACAACUACCGCUGUCUCUUGCGUCUGUGGCAGCAAAACUUCAGCUGAGCCCUUGGGCUACUUAAAAAACAGAUUAUUUGCCUUCCUCAGGCACUUAUAUUGCCGGUGCUGCAGCUCUGUGGGAGCAGCCUGAGUUGGACUCGAUGAUCCUUGAGGGGUCCCUUCCAACUCGGAAUAUUCUGUGCAAUCAGAAACAGGUACUCUGUGAAACCAGGCUGGUAGCGGUGCCCGGGAGGUUCCCUGGGCAUCUCUCUAGCUCCUGCCUCUCCCGGCCAGGGUUGGCCGGAGCUGAGGAGGGGCCGGAGUCCAACAACCCUGGUGCGGAGCAGGGACCGGAGGGUGCCGGUGGCUCCGGCCGGGGCCGGGUUUUGGGGUGUCCCGGUGGCCGUGCCGGGUUUUGGGGUGUCCCGGUGGCUGUGCCGGGUUUUGGGGUGUCUCGGUGGCCGUGCCGGGUUUUGGAGUGUCUCGGUGGCUGUGCCCGGGCGGGUUUUUGGGUGUCCCGGUGGCUGUGCCGGGUUUUGAGGUGUCCCGUUGCUGGGUUUUGGGGUGUCCCGGUGGCUGUGCCCGGGCGGGUUUUGGGGUGUCCCGGUGGCUGUGCCCGGGCGGGUUUUGGGGUGUCCCGGUGCCGGGUUUUGGGGUGUCCCGGUGGCCGUGCCCGGGCGGGUUUUGGGGUGCUGGCGGUGCUGACCCCGCCCCGCCGCGUUUGGGCAGCGCCGCCCAUCGCGGGCGGGAAGUGAGGUCACGGCUGGAGGGAGGCCGGGAGCCCGCGGACAGACCCCGCAGAGCCGAGCAGGGUCAGCUCCCAUCCCCUGGGACCCCCGAGCCAUGGCCGUGGGCCAGGACGGGCCCCCGGCUGGGCUGGGGCUGGGCUGCUGCGUCCUGGUGGUGCUGCUGCUGCUGGGGGGCUCGGGCAGCCCGGGGACACCGCCACCGCCACGGGCGACAUGGGCAGAGCGGCAGGGACACGCUGGGGAGGGGGCUCCGCGGGGCAGGGCGAACUUGGAGGGGUACGAGGCCGUGAAGAAGCAUUUGGGAGCCGUGGGUGCCCUCUCCAAGCAGUACUGGCAGUACCUGGCGUGCAAGGUGUGGCAGGAGGGCUGCGAGGAGGAGAAGGAGGAACAAAAAGAGCCCGGUCCCAGCCCAGGCUGGAGCUUACCUCUGGUGGGCCAGGAUUACCUGGAGAUCCUCUCUGCCUGGUACUGCAGCUUUGGCAAGUGCUGCGAGACAGGAGACUGCAGGAUAGUCAACAACAUCACAGGGCUAGAGGCAGACCUCAGUGAGCAGCUCCACGGGCAGCACUUGGCCAAAGAAGUGGUUGUUCGGGCAGUGCAGGGGUUCCUGCAGAGCCCACAGCCCAAGAAGGCGCUGGUCCUGUCCUUCCAUGGCUGGUCUGGCACAGGGAAGAACUUUGUGGCCCGGAUGGUGGCCAGUCACCUGUACCGGGAUGGGCUGAGGAGCGACUGUGUCAGGGUGUUCAUCUCCCUCCUCCACUUCCCCCACCACAAGUACCUGGACUCCUACAAGGCCCAGCUGCAGAGGCAGCUCAGCGAGACCCUGCAGCUCUGCAGGCAGUCCCUCUUCAUCUUCGACGAGGCCGAGAAGCUGCAUUCCAGCCUCCUGGAUGCCAUCAGGCCCUUCAUGGCUCCCUACGGCAACGAGGGCCAGGCGGACCAACAGAGAGCCAUCUUCCUCUUCCUCAGCAAUCUUGGUGGAAACACCAUCAAUGAGGUUGCCCUGGACUUCUGGCGAGCCGGCCGGGCCCGGGAGGAGAUCUCCAUGGAGUUCCUGGAGCAGCGGCUGCGGCUGGAGCUGCAGGAGCCUGCAGAGAACAGUUACGCCCACAGCCACCUCCUCAGAGAGAACCUCAUUGACUUCCUGGUGCCAUUCCUGCCCCUGGAGUUCCACCACGUGAAGCUCUGCGCGCGGGACGCCUUCCUGGCCCGGGGGCUUCCCUUCUCCGAGGCCACCCUGGACGCGGUGGCCAGGAUGAUGGUGUUUGUCCCCAAAGAGGAGAAGCUCUUCUCUGCACAGGGCUGCAAAUCUGUGCCCCAGCGCAUCAAUUACUUCCUUCCUUGAACACCAGGUGGGACUACACAUGUGCUGGAGGUGGUUCUGCACUCUGGGAGCUGCUCCCCUUGCACAAGGUUGGACACACAGGUGACCCAGCCAGGCACUUGCACAGGGACAGAGACUCAAUCCCUCCUUACUCCAAGGGCUGUUGCAGGGAAGGAGGUGCAUCCCACCCAGCUUUACUCCUGGGACGUGGGGACAGCCUGUGCUUGGCUGUGUUUGGAGUCUGUCUGGUGUUUUAAGUCCCUUUUAGGUGGCAGUGGCCUGAAGGGGAGAUUGGGUUGUGCUGACAAAUGCUGUUUCAUGUGAGUGGGGACUGGGAAUAUCCAAGUUCUUGGUUUGUUGCCAUGUGGUGAAGGCAGGCCUGGGGCAGGCUGGUCCUGUUGAGACAGUGCAGCAGAAGCCACGUCCUCGUCCCUGUCCCCAGUUCUGUCACUUUACAAGAUCACACAGAACUGUUUUGCUGGAAUUAAAUUUUUCCCUCUGUUGCUCUCGUGCCUUCCCAAGGUGUUUGCUGCUCAGGGACACCGAUCAUGUUUGUGCAUGGAGAAGAGGACUGAAUAAUCUCCUCUGGAGAUGCCAAAUCCAUAGCUUCUCACCUCGGAGUGUCCACCUCUCACUGGAGUCUUCCAUUGUAUGGAAGCAGUGCAGGGAUGAGGGGAACUUCUGCUGCAAUCAUUUUCUAAGCAGUUUGGUGAAGGGCCCUUUUGCUUUACUGCAAAAUGAAAAAGGGGAGAGAAUUUCUCUGCCAGGGGCAAAGGGCCGGUGAGCAGGAUGGUGGCUGAAGGAACAGGCUGUAGGUGAAUCCGGGAUUUCACGGAUGCAGGAAGCUUGGGUUUUUUCCUUUGUUUUUCAUUUUUCUCUUCUUUAUGUUUCAUGCUGUGGUUUUUUGGCUGGUAUCAGCAUUAUUAUUACUAUUACAAGGGCCUGUUUGCUGUCUGGGUACUCGCCAGGUGAUAAGUGUGUUACAGCAGCUCCAAAAAAUUUCAACAGUGUUACAGGAAUCACUUUGUGACCUCUGGGUCAAAACUCCCUUCCAACAGAGCUGUGCUGGCAGUGAGUGAAGCAGCACAUGCUUGGCUUCCCAGCUACUCCCACAGGGGACCUUUGGUCUGUUUUAAGCUUUGACCUGCUUUGUGGUGCCAGUGAAUGAGCAGCACGACCUCUGGGAAAAGAUUGACCAGACUCACUUACGAGUCCUGCAGACUUUGAGUCCGUGUUUCCCUCCGGGCACGCUGGCUCUGUUAUCUAACGAGGCUUCAUAGUCCAAGGCAGGAGGAUGAGCCAGCUGCUUUCCUACUUGGUUUGAACUUAGCUCUUGUCUGGAGCGGACCUUAGGGUUGUGCCCUGCGUGUGUGAUCAGGCAUUUCUGAGACUUGGUUUAUGGUUAAUCACAGGUGUCAAAAAUCUGGGAAACAUCAGAAUCCUGGAAUGGCACUUUGAGAAGGGAGGAUGCUGUCCCACAGGACACAACUUGGGUUGUGUUUUAUCACCUGAGCAGAAAGUUUAGCAGGUUGUUAGUUGAAGGUUAGUUGCUCAGAAGGUUGAGUAAAGCCAGGAUAACCUGGGAUUCUUUUUUAAAUAUAAAAAAGCCUCCAGCUGUCCGGGUUAGGCUGACGCUGCCUGGGGUGGCAGGAAGUCAGAGUGAAUGUCUCACUGGUGUGAGGUUGGCAUGUGGAGCAACUCUUGCUGUGGUGGUGGUGUCACUAACGAGGGUGAUGCAAGACCUGUCUCUGCCGGUCAUGUGUGCGUGUCACAGUUGAGGGAGCUUUGGUUACACAACCCCAACAGCCACAGCCGUUCUCUGACCAUGCCGUGGCAAUACUGUGUGGUUUCAAUGACAUAAAUAAAGAUACUGUGGGGUUUUUUA